AUGUGGGCCUCCGGGCCUGCUGCGGCGGCGCGGCCGGUUGAGGCCGGGCUCGGCCCGGCCCGCGACGGCUGGCCGCCGACGAGCGCGCUCGCGCUGCUCGUCAAAAUGGCGGCGGUGUCGACUGCGGCGACGGUCGUUCACCAAAAGCUGCUCGCUCGAACCGCGGCCGACUCUGCCAUCGCGGCGGCAGCUGUUGAGCUCUCCAGAAGACAGGGUGCCUGA